GGCUAAUGGUGAUCCAGCCACGCUGACAGUUUUCGAGGUGGGAGAAAAUGUCGUCAAAUCUUGCAAAACAGGCGAGUUUAAUCUUAGAUGAUGGCACCAUAUAUAAAGGAAAGCUGUUUGGAGCCGCUGAGUGUGUCGCUGGCGAAGUGGGUAAGGCUAAACUUCUUCUUAUAUGUAAUAUAUGACGAGUUGAUUUCAGUACAUCCCGACUGUUCGAAUCGAAGCUACUGACUUACUUUCAGCAGACUUCUUUAGAAGUUAUUUUGUUUUAUUGCUAUUUAUUUAAACUAGAAAAGCAUUAUUAGGUCUUCUUUUUCGAGGAUAGCGUUAAUUUUGAGCUAUUAAAGUGUAAGUUUUGGCGAGUUUCAAUUCGUGACUCGCUAGCGCUGUUGUCGGUACGUUGACAAUGUAGUGUUCGAGAUUGGGAAAAUGGUUGGAAGUAAGGAAUAAAUUUACUUUGCCACUUUAAAUUUAGCUCCAUAAGAGUCAUAGGACAAAUUCAAUCGGAAAUCAAAAGAAUUAAUUGAGGUUAUCGGGAUUUUUUUUACGUAAAUUCGAACCCCGACUUACCUAACCAGUCCGCUGCUGUUGCACGUGGAUUGAAAUGCUCAUUUUAAAAAGAUCCCGUAUGUGAGGCAAGGAACCGGAUGUUUGUGAGUUACCGCAGGAGCAUAUCACAAUAGGCUCCUGGUUGCCGGAAGUGUUAGCCGACACGUACACGUUGGAUGGAAUGUUCAUUUUAUAAAUUCACAAGCUAUAAUAAAAAAUGCUUAGAGAAUUUAACUUCUUGAAUUCAAUAAAUAUAUUUCUUAGUUCAAAAUGCCUUGAUUUAAAUUUGUUUUUUGCUUUUUGCUAUUUUAAUUUAAAAUUAGUAAACUUUAUUACAAACAGUACAAUUGAUUUAAAUUUUGUUGAAAGUCAUAGUUAAAAGAAAACCUUGCUUUACAGCUUAACUUGUGCAUAAAAUGCAUUAAACAAAAUUUAAUGGAACUUGGUUUAUUACUAGAUUUAGGGCAAACUUUAUCGUGUGUCCAUGUAAUAAUCAUUGGCAUCGUUUUUGUUUUAGUACUUCUUAUAGACUGAGAAAACAGGCGACAUUUUGUGACACCACCACAAAUGACGUCUGAGGAAUAAGCACAGAAAUUUCAUACUGGUGGCACAUCACUACCCAUGGGUAGUGUUGUGCGAUUAGGGACUGUUCAUUUGCAAUGGUGAUUGACAUUUUUUCCCUAAUGAAACGUUUGAUUUCGAAUGCUUUUUUCUUUGUAGUGGGUUAGGAUAAUUGCUUUUUGAUGCGUAAUAAAGUAGGGGGACCAGGGGCAUGCUUCCCCAGGGAAAUCUGAACUUUCUGAAUGUCAGAAACGCUGGUCUUUGGCAUUCUGGUAGGCUGUUUGAAAUAAAAAAAUAUUAUUACAAAUGCUGUCACUGCAAAAUUUGGAGGAAUCUUUUGGUGACCAUCCCUUUAAUUUUCCUCUGACCCCCCCUUCCCUUUAAAGCCACGUCUUUCACAGCUCCCCUCAAUUCCCACCAGCCCCCCUUACCUGGUAACAAAAUGAACGGUCUUGUAGUAUGGAAUUUAUGUGCUCAUUCCUCAGUUGUUAUUUCAUGAGGAAACCAGUGGUGGUGUCAAAAAAUGUUGGCUGUUUUCCGAGUCUAUUCAUCUUACUAGUACGUGUGUAAAAACUUUGUGAUUGCAUCUAAAAGUUCCCUUUUGGUGAAAAUUAGUGUGAAAACUAAUACCACGAACUUUGAUACAAUGUAAACAUUAAUAACAAAACAGUACUUUAAACAUUAACAAUACAUCCUUUGUGUAAAAAAUAGCAGCUCAAAAAGUGAAAAUUUUAGGUAAAAAAAAAUGAUAUAUUUAUUUGCAUAACAUUAAGUAUAUUUCUCUUCCUCUGCUGCUCUGUCUUCUGUAUUAUCCUUUGCCAUCUAUAAACCUCUAAUUUGCAGUUAUUAAAUUUUAUCUGUUUAACGUACAUGCACCUACUGUCAAUAAUGUAGUUUUUUUCCCUACACUGUAGUAUUUCAAACAGGGAUGGUAGGAUAUCCAGAGUCCCUUACAGAUCCAUCUUACAGAUCACAAAUUCUCACACUAACUUAUCCUCUGAUUGGAAACUACGGAGUUCCAGAAGGAAAGAAAGAUUCUCAUGGAAUAACCACUGAGCUUGAAUCAGACAAAAUCUGGGCAUCAGCAUUGAUAGUGGGUGAUUAUGUGGAGGAGUACAGUCACUGGAAUGCGAAGAAAUCACUUUCACAGUGGCUUAUUGAAGAGGGAGUCCCAGGAAUUAGUGGUGAGUUGAUCUUUGUUAUCUUUUGUUUUAACACCAGACCGAAUCCAUUUUAUCCCUCACAGAAUGAAGAAUGAAUGUUAUAAAAGGCUGUUUCAUUUAACCUGGGGGAGUGGGGGGAGGAUAAUCAGUCUUUAAAUUUUUGGAUAGAGGCAUAUGCCCCCAGGACCCUAGAACUCUCAGCUUGUCCUAGACCAUUGUUAGUUGCAGUUUUCAGGGUUGUCACGAAGAUUUCAAGUUGCCGGGUAAAUACAACAAGUAGGCGGGGAAUCAAAUGGCUAGGGAUUUCUUUUGGUUCUAUUUUUCUUCUAUUUUCCAAUAAAAGUAGCCGGGGGUCUUGAUGACAACCCUGAGUUUUGCUCUCCUAUUCUAGAUUAGGCUCCAAGUGUCUCUACCUUACCCCAGACUAACUGUGACCAGAAACUACAUUCUUUAUACAUGUGGUUAAUAUUUUAUCCUUCACCAUGGCUCAUACAAGUACCUAUUAUAACCUUAAUGCCCACAUCGCAAAUGGAGGUGAGGGGUCAAGGAACUACAAACACAAUCUUGUUCCAAGAUGCUAGAAAACCUGACUGGUGUGCCUAGAAUGGUAACCCAGCCUGCCCAGCACCAAGCCUUCCCAGUAAAAGCACUCAUCACACUAAAGCCAGAAGGCUCAGUUAGAAAAACAAUAUACAAACCCUGGACAAGGGACCCUGUGGAAAAAGAAGGUGGAGGGGGUUCAGCUGUAUAAGGGUGGUACUAACAAUGCUAAGUAAUAUUAAAAAUUUAAUACCAGGCUAUAACAACACUGAACACAAGGCAAUCACAUGAGGAGAAAAUACCUGCACUUACCUCAGAUAUUGCGGGACAAUUAAGGGCCUGCCCUAGUUCUCCAACAACCACACUUCUACUGCAUAAAAUGCUAAUAAAUGCUUGAAAUUGCUACUGACGAGACUUUUGCUCCUUGUUAAUGACUGUUUUUAAAACCAUUGAUGUUGUUUGCUAGUACCCACCACACAGUGGGACAUCAAAUCUGUCACCUACACUGGUCUGAGCUCACUUGAUGUGCAUAUUAUGGGUGCAGUGAUGGUACCAUAUAGUUGGUCAAAGAAAAGAAAUAUAGAAAAAUCAGGGUGCAUUACUGACUGCAGCUACUGAUUCAAGAAAUAAUGACAACCCUGUCUCACAUGAACUUGGUAAAUGGCCUACAUGUAGCUGUAACCGUUUUUUUCUUCUUUUGUUCCAAAAGGAUAAAAGCAGCAGAAGGUCAUACCAAAAGUUUAUAAUAGCUUUCAUGUAUUCGUCCCCUUCCAACCAGUCAUAUCAGAAUAAUAAUUGACAAUGUUAACAAACAUUACAGUCAACAUAUGGAUAUACUGUAAAGUACAAAAAUGAAAACUAAACUGGUGCUCAUGCAUCUCUCAACUUUGACUGGUUAAAAAACGUUUUUACUGUUGUCAUCAAGGCUGUUCUCUAGUAGUGCCCGGUAGUCCCUUGGACCUAACUUUUGCUCCUGGGUGACUAGAAAAUCUUAGAUUUUUCAUAGAAGUCAUGUGCUGGGCACUCUGGAGUUCACAGGUUCUUUCUUUUGUUUGAGUGGCAAUACCCUCCAGGUUCAGAGCACUACACUCCCUUCAAUUUUCCCUAGAGCACAGCCUUGUGUUAUUAAUCAAACCAAAGAAUAUGAAGAUUUAAUGUUCUAAUAUAAUUUAAAUUAUUUGGUUAGGUAUUGACACUCGAGCACUUACUAAAAAGAUCAGAGAGGAAGGAAUGACAUUAGGAAAAAUUGUAAUAGAAGGUGUCGAUCCAGCAACUGUUCAGUUUGAUGAUCCAAAUAAGAGGAAUCUGGUUGCUGAGGUUUCAUCUAAGGUUUGUAACUCAUUGUGGCAUUAUGGUCCUUUGAAUUUUCUGUAUAAGCAACAUAAAGCACUUCAACUACUUUUUUUUGUUUAUACCAGGCAGCGAAGGUUUAUAAUUCUAGUGGAGAGUUUAAAAUCAUUGCUGUGGACUGUGGUAUCAAGUAUAACCAGAUCAGAUGUCUAGUGACCAGGGGAGCUGCUGUUAAAGUUGUGCCUUGGAAUUAUGACUUUAAUGUUGAUGUUGAGAAAGGAGGUAAGCAAGCUUUUCAACUUGUUUUAUGUUGUACAUUUGUGUCAGCUGAAAGAGUUUUGUUUGUUCUUCUUUGUAUGCUCAUUUUACAUUUGAACGUCUACAAAACACAUUGGCACAGCAAAGUUGCUGUUGCAAAACUCCAAUCUGCAACAAUUUUGUUUCCCAUGGCAAUUAGAAAAAGUUUUGGCCCCAUUAUCACUACCAUCUUUAAGUACUUGAUACAAUGUAUUAACUUGCAGAGUGUGAUGGUGUUUUCCUGAGCAAUGGUCCAGGAGAUCCAACAUUUACUACUGAGACUAUCAAGAAUAUAAAAAAGUUUAUUGAGCGUGCAACUCCCAAGGCUCUUUUUGGUAUUUGCUUUGGACAUCAGCUCUUAGCACUGGCGGCUGGAUGUACCAGCUUCAAAAUGAAGUAAGAUGUUCAAAAGUCAUGAUACAACUGUCGAAUUUCUUACAAACUGUAUACAAUGUCUCAUUGUUCCUCAAUAUUGAAAACAGACUGCUUGGUGCUUUCAAUGAAGCAUAACAUUCAUUUUAGAUGUCAGGAAUGGCCCAAGUUGGCGUGCAUGAGUUUUACAUGUAGACAAUUUCAUUCAUGAGUAAAUUUAUAUACUACUUAAGUACAGUACUAACAAUUAGGAACUGCAUCACUAAAAUAACUAAUGGGCAUCUGAGACAGACAGAAGCUUCAACAAAGGUAAAGGCUGUACCUGAUCGUGGCCAAUUCUGAAAUCAUGAUUCCCUAUACAUCAGGGAUGACAGGCACCUAUCAAAGUGAUUGAUCGUUGGGAAAGGAGUGAGAAAAGCCAGAGGGGAGACAGCCUUUUACAUUUAAUUAGAUAUUGCUGAACACAGGGGGGAUGCAGGUUAUCUUUGUUGUAAUCCUGUUUCAUACAGUGAGAGUACAUUCUGCAUUAAACAUCAUUUUGUAUGAAUAGAGUAGGGGAAAAAAAAUCAGUCUUGUAUUGGCCCAGGUGUGGCUAGGCUGAAUUACCAGCAGCUGCUCUACAAAUUGAGCUAGCACUUAUCUCUGCAAAAUGGCUUCCUGAGGAGGAAUAAGGGCCAGACUCAACAGGGCAACAGCAAUCUUGCCUAGGGUGUGGCUUAAACACUGGAAUUUGAUGAUUUUUCUUCAUCUACCAGUAUUCUCUUUUUCCCGUUUGUAGAUAUGGAAACAGAGGACACAAUAUUCCAUGUGUACACCAUGGAACAAAGCGCUGCUUUAUUACAACACAAAACCAUGGUUUUGCCAUUGAUACAAACUCUCUUCCACCUGACUGGUCUGUACUGUUCACAAAUGCAAAUGAUCAAACAAAUGAGGGUAUCAUUCACAACUCCAAACCUUUCUUCAGUGUCCAGUUUCAUCCAGAGCACAUGGCUGGACCACAAGACCUAGAAAUGUUAUUUGACAUCUUUUUAUCAUCAGUGAGACAGCAAAAGGAGAAUAAAGAACUGAUGAUCCCAGUCAAAGAUCAAAUUCAGCAUGCUUUUAAGUUUGAACCUUUGUUGUCUCCAAGAGACAAGAAGCCGAAGAAAGUCAUGAUUCUAGGUUCUGGAGGUUUGUCCAUUGGACAGGCAGGAGAAUUUGAUUACUCUGGCUCUCAGGUAUGCUAUAAACUAUUUUUUGUAACAUUUACUCUAUAUGCAAAGUCACAAAAGUUUUGAUCGUCAUCACAUUGCUACCUUGCUGUCAACAGCUAUCACUUCUUCAUAAAGGGGUUAAAAAAUGAAACACAAACUUACAACUACUAGAACGUGUUAUUUUCUACACAAAGAGGGCGGUAAACAAGUCCUACAUGUAUUAUUGAGAGAACCAUCACUUUUGCAGGGUUGUUUAAGCUCUACUUUUGGAGGAAUAAACAUAGACUACUUAUGAUGGACCCUCUUCUUCCCACCCUUGAUCAGUCGCUCUCAUUUAGUUUAUAAAUGUGCUUCUUUUAUGUUUUAUUUUUAACAGGCAGUUAAAGCCUUAAAAGAGGAAGGGAUUCAGACAGUUUUGGUUAAUCCCAACAUUGCUACAGUUCAGACUUCAAAGGGUCUGGCUGACAAGGUGUACUUCCUACCAAUUACUGCUGACUAUGUUACACAGGUGAAGAUUGAAAUGUCUAAAAAUAUUGUUUUAAAAAACUAAACCAUUCAUACUAACAACUUGCCUUAAAAAAUUACUUUAUAGGUAUCAUCUAGCCUUCAGGGCCAUCCUCAUGCGGAUUGCAUUAGGAAUUGUGGUUUUAAUAAAUUUAAUACUCCCACAAACCACGGGGUGCAAAGAAAGUAGUGUUUGAUAGCCUGGGGUAGUGGAUUUUGCUGUCGGGCUAGUGAAUUCUGUUCCUAACUUGCUUGAUGGGGAAGUGAAGUUUUUUGGGGGAAUUCAAAUUACUGAUGAACUGAAAUAGUGACUGUAUAAAGUGUGAGCCAGUGAGCCAUGGCAGCAAGCCAUGCAGUCCAUUGAAGACUCAUUAAAAAAAUACAAAAAAAAAAAUUAAAAACAGUAAUAUAGAAAACAUUAACUGAAAGCUAACCGUUGUAAAUAAGUAUAGGUAGAUUUAGGUGGAGAUAGACUGAUGUAUUCAUAAAUUUAAGUCCAGGCUAGCCAAAAACAAAGAGAAGAAACUGAUUAAGAUCACAUUCGCUUCUUGACAAGAUAUUUUUUUUCAUUCUUUUAAAGGUGAUUCAGAGUGAACAUCCAGAUGGUAUAUUAUUGUCAUUUGGAGGACAAACAGCCCUGAAUUGUGGCAUUGAACUACAGGAGAGUGGGGUAUUGGAGAAGUAUGAUGUUCACACUCUGGGUACCCCUGUCAGGUCUAUAGUGUGUACUGAGGAUAGGAAGUUAUUUGCCGAGAAACUUGCAGAAAUAAAUGAGCAAGUAGCACCCAGUUACGCUGUGUAUUCAGUGGAGCAGGUAAAACUUCUGUCUUUGAACUGAUGAAACCCAGGCUAAUAUUGAUCUUAAUGUGUUAUGGGAGGGUUCAUAAUUGAUGUAAGGGGGUGGGGGGGAUGCUAUGGUGAUUUAAGUUUUUUUUCUGGAGCAAUUUUUGGAAGCCCCCCAUUAUUUGAUGUGCUUUUUCCUGGCCCCCCUUGUUCCAUAUCCCACAACUAUAGACAAUGUACGCCCCCUGCGUGCUCCCUUUAAAUCCCCUCUCCCAAGCCUCCUAGUGACACAAAGAGAUCCCUGCAGAAGAGAGAGGAAGGCAGUAGCAGUUUUUUUUUAUCAUUGAAACUUUUGUGAUGGCCCCCUGACUUCUACCUUCAGUCACAUUGGCAGAAAUUUUUGAUACCCCCCCUAAAAACGAACUAGAAAAACUCAUGCCCCCCCCACCCCCCUCUACAUGAAUUGCUACCCUUCCCUAUGCAGAUGUAAGUAGUGAUUUUUCAAUGACAUUUUGGAAUGCAAACAAUCUGGACCCCUCCCUCACCUCCCACAUCGCCCCCAGUCAAAGUUGGUUUGUUCAUUUCCUACCAGCACAUUUAGCAGGAACAGUGGUACAACGAUAUUUAGGGGGAAGACCUGCUGUUUUGUCCUUGAUGUACAUAGUGUCAUUAAAAAAACAUUAGAAUUGGUGUCAAGGUCAAAGUGUCUCGACUAAUUUUGUUUCCAAUUUUAUUGUAGCUCUGACACCUACUUCAAAAGUUUUUAGCACUCCAGAAAAUGCAUUUUGUAAUGAAAAAAUUGUGAACCAUGCUUUUCUUUUAAAAUUUGCUAGGCUGUUGCUGCUGCAGAGAGUCUUGGCUAUCCAGUGCUGGUGCGUGCAGCCUUUGCACUGGGAGGUCUUGGCUCAGGGUUUGCGGAAAACAAAGAAGAACUUAUCUCUCUUGUCACAGCAACUUUUGCUCAUACCAAGCAAAUUAAUCUUGACAAGUCCUUGAAAGGAUGGAAAGAAAUAGAGUAUGAGGUGGUCAGAGAUGCAUAUGACAACUGCAUCACGGUAGGUAUAUGCAGAUAUAUUGGACUUUGUUUGGUUCAGGCAUCUGGGAUGCUCACAUGUACUUAACGUUAAGCACUGGCUGUGGAUUAUGAGCCUCCUACCAGUACUGUUGGUUCCUCAAUUUGCAUCUGAUAAACUGCUACAUUCUUUCUAAUUUUCCUUGUAUUUGCAUGUGAAUCAGAUCUAACUUCAAUUUACAUAAAGUGCUAGAAGUACAGAAUGGAUGUAAUUUCCCAAAUUGUGAUCAUAUACACAUUGACUCGAACAUGUACACUUGAUAUCAAGACUGAAGGGGUGAAGGUAUAAAAGCCCCAAGGGACUUUUAUUUAGCAUGUGUACAGCUGCCCUUUCCCUGCAAGCUACCUUUAUUAAACUGCUUUAAAUUCUCUUUCAUCAAAGGGUGAAUUUGACAUUGCAUCACAGGGCUCAAAGUUAGCGACUAACUGGUCGCAUAUGCGACUGGAUUUUUGGUUGUGCGCCUAAAAAUUCAUGUGUAAUCGCACAUGUGCGCCGUAAAACCCAAAGCACAGUGCGACUGACUGACUUCCGACUAUACUUACGAACUCGAACUAGAAAGAUGGUGUAUGUUUAAUUGGUCUUUUCUCCCAUUCUAUGAACUCGAAUGUUCUUUUUCGUUUUGAUGUUUUACUCCAUCCCAGACUCUUCUGUUUUGUAAUAAACACCGCUGACACAUUCAAAUAUAUGCUACGGACGAAACAUGUACUUUUUGUGCAAUGGACGAUCAUGUUGAACGUUCAGUUUUAACGUCAAUCAAAACAAAAACAGUGCGGAUUAAGAGCCUUUUUUUCCAGGUAAGAAAGUUUUUUAAGUCGUAUUCCAAUUACAUGUAAGUCAUUGCGCAUUUAACAAAUUCAUUAACGAUUAAUUUUCAUUCUCGUUUGACACACUCGUUGUUUUUCAAGUGUAAGUUUUCUUUGGUCACAACUUUACUGUCAAAAAGAGAAAUUAGUAUUAAAAAUCACAAAGGUAUUACUGCGUAGCAAAUCGGCUGUGUUUUAUCAAUCACAGGACUGAAGUAAAAGUAACAAACUGAAGAUGACAAAUAAACGUGGCACUGUUAAGCAUUUUACUUUUUCUUUUGAAAUAGAUGCUCCCAACAUUAUAGGCUGUGCUCCUAAAAUUUUCAGCUGUGCGCCUAAAAUUUCGGCAGUGUGCCUGAAAAUUUACAUCUGGUAGCACAAGUGCUCCCAAACUCAAAUUUAAACUUUGAGCCCUGCAUCAAGAGCCACUUGCGCUUCAUUCCAAGAACCCUUUUUUCCCUUUUCACUCAUCCUUGAUCUCUGUCUAGGAAGAAGAUCAAUUUUUCAGGGUGGACACUUACUCAUGAUAGUGUGCUUGUUCAAGUAGAGGAAGCUUCCAGUUGGCCAUGUCUGAGUUCCAAAAGCUCUCACUUUCAAAACAAGACUAAGUGCAAAUCCUUUCUUGUGAAAAUGAGUUGUAUUAGCUUGAGAAUAAAAAAUCAUUUUCAUAUCAUUCAAUAACCUCGCACUUAGCCUCGCUUGGAAACAGAGGCUAUGUACAACUCAGAAAUGGCUUAUUUAAAUUCCAUCUGUAACUGCAUAUUCCAUUUUUUUGAGCUAUUUUGAAAAAAUAGCUCAUAUGUCAGUGGUGUGAGCGUAUGUAUCUUUGUGGCUUUGUAUCUUUGUAACUUUGUAACUUUGUAUCUUUGUAACUUUGUAUGUUCGGAUGUUUGUUGCAAGAGCCAAUAAGGUUGAAGGUACUAUGAGUUGAUGCUAAGGAACCAAUGAGAUCUCGGCAUCUACUUAAAAAUCACAUUGCUAAAGGUCGAACAAGGGCACUUUAAGACCGCCAUCUUGAUUCUUUACAAUUUGUUCGUCUUUUAGUACGGCUACAGGUGUUUGGAAACAUUAUAUUAAAUAUCUUCAUGAUUCAAACGCUGUGUACAGUGAUGCAGCUGUUUAAGGGUUCAUAUUUUAGUGUGGAUGCUACUUCAAGACAUUUCUGACCGAAUUCGGCUAUCGCGAACGGUACCACGCACGUAUUUAUGAGUUGUGUUUCACCUGCUUCAAGGUAGAGUAUAAACGAUCAUAUAUUUUCAAACCUCUUCCAGUGAAGCAAUAAUUGAUAUUUACUGAGAUAUGGACUUUAAUUCGAAAGUAUGAGGCCUAUAAAAUGUGGUUUUAGAAGUUUGAAAAGCAGCUUAUUUUUUUAAAAGCUGUACCGAGUAUUGUUACAUUGUGUAAUCCUGUAAACAAGCUGUAGAAAUAUCAUUCUCUCGCUUACAAAGUUCAACAGACCUUUUUCGUUCCGGCAAAACAACAACAAAAAGGAAUAAUAAGUGAACAACAUGAUACAUCCUUCCUGCAUACUAAGCAUUAUAGUUAUUGAAACGUAUUUUAUUUAGUAAAGAUGCGUAUAAACUUAAGUAGAAACAGUAGCGUUAGGGAAUAAAAUUGGAAGAAGCUAGUUGACACAAUAAUUAGGUACUGCUUUAUUGAGUGGAGUAACAUGAUAUGAGCAGAAAUAUAUUUCGGCAGUUUGAUAAUUUUCUUGGAAGUUAAUAAAGGUGAGGCUAUCAACCUUGACGUUGCAUGAAACAUAAUUUAAUUGCAGAUGUUGUAAUAAGGUCGAGGUGAUUUCUUAAAAUCGCUUGAGAAAAUUUUGUAGUAAACAAUUUGCGUUUUUUUUAAGUACGAAUUGUAAAAGGGCCAAAGACCAACAUCUUCACAUGCAAAUCGUGUGCAUGAGUUAUUUUUAUAACUUUGUUUACUCGAUUACUGUGUGAUAACUCGAAUUCCCUCACGUACGAACCACGGAAGGGGGCAAAGUCCAACACUUUCACGUGCCAUCUGUGUGACUGUACAUCUCAUGCAGAUUGGCUUUUCACAAUAGUAAUAGUGACUUGAACGUAUAAAGACCUGUUUCGUUUAGUAACCAAUGCCCUAAAAAAGGCUUUUGUCUUUUAAGAAGCAAUAGCUUUUAAAACAUGAAGAAAUAAGUUGUCGGAGUUAAAGACUGUCUCACAAAUGUUAAUAAAUGUUAGGUUAUCAACCUUGACGUUGCAUGAAACAUAGUUUAAUUGCAGAUGUUGUAAUGAAGCCGAGGUGAUUUCUUAAAAUCGCUUGAGAAAAUUUUGUAGUAAACAAUUUGCCUUUUUUUUAACGUACGAAUUGUAAAAGGGACAAAGACCAACAUCUUCACGUGCAAAUUGUGUGCAAGAGUUAUUUUUAUAAUUCUGUUUACUAGUUUAUUGUGUGAUCACUCGAAUUCCCUCACGUACGAACCACGAAAGGGGACAAAGUCCAACACUUUCACGUGCCAGCUGUGUGACUGUACAUCUCAUGCAGAUUGGCUUUUCACAAUGAUAAAUAGUAACUUGGACGUAUGAAGACCUGUUUCGUUUUGUAACCAAUGCCUUAAAAAAGGCUCUUGCCUUUUAAGAAGCAAUAGCUUUUAAAACAUGAAGAAAUAAGUUGUCGGAGUUAAAGACUGUUUCACUGAGUAGAAUCGCACGUGAAAACCUCGUGAAUUAUGAUGACGCAACCAUCUACCUCAAUGAUAAAAAUCCUGGUAUUUCGUAACUAUUCAGUAUUUGAUGAGUCACAUUUUGGCUUAAGAAACUCCGAGGAAACCUUAGAGUUUUCCUUCUAAUCAACGUUUGGUGAGUAGAAAUUUAUUUUACUUUAGCAAUUUGUUUAACUUGCACCAGAUGUAACUGGGAAAGACAGAGGAAAGUGAAUACAUAGGUUGAGGAUCGACUCAGCUGAGCGUUUCGCGUUUUCAUUUAUGUAGCGCAAUACCCAAUUUCGCCCAAAACCCAAUCUACAUUUAGGAUGAAAAAGGUAGAUUCAUCACUCUUGGUAAGGUUACACCGAAGUAUUAUAGUUACACUGAAGCAUUCAAAAUAGCUCAUGCACGUUGAACGUGCCUAUGUUUUUUCUUAGGUUUGUAAUAUGGAAAACGUGGACCCAUUGGGAAUUCACACUGGUGAAUCUAUUGUUGUUGCUCCAAGUCAAACCCUGUCCAAUGCUGAAUACAACAUGUUGCGUACAGCUGCCGUCAAAGUUAUCAGACACCUUGGGGUUGUAGGAGAGUGUAACAUACAGUAUGCACUUAAUCCAAACUCUAAAGAGGUAAUAAUGGUUAUUUACCAUUUACAAGGGCAAACCAGUUAGUCCAUGGUUUAGGCAAAUGCUACGCAAAAUUCAGGACUGGUAAAUUUUGUCCCAGAAUCGCAUUUACCAUUUGUACAAACUGAAACUGGUAUCAAAGAUGGCUUUGAAGAAAUGGAACACGAAUUUCUUCUUGGAAUAUUCCAUCCAGAAAAACAGGACUACCUUUUCAGAUCUUCCGUUGCUUCCCGAAAUUUUCUGCUGGAAUGACCAAAAAAGUCAUGUUCUAUUUACUUUCCAACCAGAUUUUCCGAAAACUUUUUGUAAAUGGUAAACAACCAGUAUUUCACUUUUGGCUCUACUGUCACCUGUGCCAGCCAAAAAUGUUGCAUCAUUCGGUUGUUCCAGCUAGGUUCAUAUCGAAAAGAGGUUUUGCAUCUAGGGGGGACCCCUUGAUAAAAAUGAUGAGGCUGAUUGUCAUACCUUUGUAGUUUAAAAUGCGCAAAUGGGUAAUGCGUAACCAAAAGAAGGGGCCUUUAUGGCAUUGACCUUAAAAAUAGCAGGAACUGUAAGUAGUUUUUUUGUUACUUAACUGCAUGUAUUUUCUCACUUAUCAUUAUUUUACUUAUUUACCGGUAUUUACUGUUUGCGAAAAGGAAGGAUUAACAUUUCUCUAUUUCCUUGAUUUCAGUACUUUAUCAUUGAGGUCAAUGCACGACUGUCUAGAAGUUCUGCGCUUGCAUCUAAAGCCACUGGAUAUCCCCUUGCAUAUGUUGCUGCAAAGUUGGCUCUUGGUAAACCACUUCCAGAGCUGCGCAACUCAGUCACCAACUCCACAACAGCCUGUUUUGAGCCCAGCUUAGACUAUGUUGUAGUAAAAAUUCCUCGCUGGGACUUGAGUAAAUUCAAUAGAGUUAACACAAAGGUAUGAGAGUCUAGUUUUCCUGCAGCUGAUUAAUUUACUUUAAUACUUCAUAUAAGUGCAACCCUCUGAAUUAGCAGUAUCUGGGCACCCCAACCCUCCUUACUGACUAUAAAUACUGUAUUGUUUAUGUAUUAAUAUUUUCAGUCUGCCCCAGGAUAGGACAAUAUUAUUAUUUUAUUAUGUAAAGACUAAUGAAAUACCAAGUGAGUUUUCGAGUAAAAACAUGAUGUCUUCACUCGUGAAAAAAACACGUCAUUUUCACACACAGAAAGAUUACCAUUGCUAUGGCCAUGUAAUAAAUCUGCCCUUUUGCAGCAAAAAAUCUUGAAGUGAAAUGGUUGGUAUUUCAUUGGUGUUUUAAUGAUGAAAAGAAUAUCACAUGGCCACUUGGAGACACGAAAUUUCUCUUCUCGUGAUGAAAAAUAUUUCACUGGUUUGCUGCACUCACUCGUUAAAAAUUUUUUAACACUCGAAGAGAAAUUUUGUAUCUCUGUGCAGCCAUGAAAUAUUCUCUUUAUGCAGUCACUCAAAACAUUGAAAAAGGGACAAUAUCAGUUUAAGACUACAGAGUGAAAUAAGUGCUCUCGUCUCCCAAAUGGAAGAACAUGAUAAAUGAACAGGGCACUGAUCCCAUUAUUUGUGCUAUUCAUCAUGCAUAUUUACUGGUGACACUUGAGAAUAGGUAAAGAUAAGUUUUGCUUAGGAUCAAAUUUUUCCUCUGCUUCUGGAGUCAGUCAUCAUCAAUACUUUAUUUUUCUUAAAAUAAUACGUGUAUGAUACUUUAUAGAUUGGUAGCUCAAUGAAGAGCGUUGGUGAAGUGAUGGCUAUUGGACGACGUUUUGAAGAAGCUCUUCAGAAAGCUCUUAGAAUGGUGAAUGAGGCAAACAUGGGCUUUGACUCUCAUGGUGUGACCGCAUCUGAUGAGGUAACUGAGAGUGAAAGGCAGUUAUUUUUCCCAGUCAUCCUCUUCUUAGAAUCUAAAGCUCCCUACUUAUUGAUUAAAUCCUGAAAAUCCUAUGGAUAUAGCUUUCUUUGUCUUUGCCCAGGGUAAUGUAACAAUAUCAUACCUACAGUACAUGUAUUUUGAGGCUUCAUACAUGUAACAAUACAGGCUACUCUAGUGCUGUUAUUGUCAACUUACUGAUUUUGUCCAUUUCUUCAUUAUUUAACAGGACUUGAUGCAGCCUUCAGAUAUGCGUAUUCACGUUCUUGCAGCAGCAUUCAAACAAGGCUAUAGCAUUGACCAGCUGUAUGAACUUACCAAGAUUGACAAAUGGUUUCUAAAUAGAAUGAAAUGUAUCAUGGAUUGUGCACUGAAGCUAAAAAGCUACAGGGAGAACACAGAGGUAAUGUUAGAUCUUCUGAUAAUGGAAUCGUAAUGUAACUUAAAAUUUGCAGAUUUUGAGUUUGGUUGCUUUUUUACGCCGGUGUAGUUGCACCUUACAAAUUACUGUAAAGUUCAGGAUGAUCAUCAUCAACUUUAUUUCUGCUCCUUCUUUUAAUAAGACGUAUUAUUUUUAUCAGAAUUAUUUUAUUAGUAACAAAUUUAUUAAGAAACAAUUUGAUGACAAUAAUACUACUUGUAACAAUUUUGAUAAAUUUUAAAUAUGGGUAACAAUGAAUUUUGUUUGAGCUGUGAUGAGAAAAGUGAUUUGAUAGCUCUAGAAAAGACAGGGAGGUUACUGGCAAGGUACUGGUAGUAUGUCAGUUUAGAUUAGUAAGGGGAUUAACUCCAGAGAUUACACAUGUAUUUAGGACACUUAACCAAUUUAUGUAAUGUAAUUCUAUGUUGACUGAAUUCACUGUUCACCUUCUUUCUUAUUGGUUGAUGCACUUUUUAGCUUGGUUCAUCGGCAUCUUCAUCUGCACCUUUAACUCACAAAGAGAAGGUACACACUUCCUUCCUUAUAUCAUGCUUAAGGCUGCUGGUUUUCAUGUGAUCACUACAGCCACUGAAAUUGAAUUGAUAGAAUAAUUUAAAAAAAGGUCAGUGAUUGCCGUAAUUAUACAGAAACUUUUACAAGGUUGUGGCAACCUCAACGACAGCUGCAAAGAACAUUCAGCUCUAUUCUAAGGAUCAUGGUCUCCAUGUAAAUGCCACUAUCGCCACAAUCAUUCAGAUUCCUGCUCUUUCACCAGUGUAGGCUUUACUAAACUUAAUACCAUGUACAUGUGGUACAAAUUUUUGCGAGUUCUAUGAUUUUGAAAUAAGAUCCUGCCAAAAAAAUAUCACAAACAUUUUUCCCACAAAAAUUUACUCCAGAGUAAAUAAUUAUUCUCUAAUUUAAAUUAGCUAAUCGUGUCUGUUCAAUUGGAACUUGUCUCUUUCGUGCACCGCAGAUGCUACUGUAAUCGAAUCUGGUACUGGUUUUACAUAGGGGACGCGCACCAUAGUAUUGUUUGAAAAUAUGUAUUUCCAUUGCAUGUACUCGAUAAAAACGAAAGUAUCAUCAAUGGUUUGUCCGGGACGUUCUGAAAAUCGCAAAAAUUAAUUCCUAGCAAGAAAAACCAAUCUGUCCUCAGCAAUGUCUUAAUUGCAAAAAUUAAUUCCUGCGAAACGCAAAAAAUCGCCAAUCCACAAAUUGAACGCCCGAAAAAAAAUUUCAUGCCAUACAGUAGUGAAGGUUAACAGUUCAAAUUAACAUGCACAGUGUAGUUAUUUACACAAGGUAGGGUUUUUACUGAGUGAAGACAGUGAUCCAAAUUUGGAAGUAGCAUGUUUUUUCUUAGAGUGGCCAAUAGUGUUGUUGAGUUAAGUAUUUUGUUAUUGAAGCUGUCCAAAAAUUAGACUUUACUUUGGCUUAAUUAUCAGCAGUGUUCCGUGAUUGUUUAGUUGUUGUAAUGUUUCGUUUAAAUGAGUGUUAGGGCAAUAACACAGUGACGACUACAAAGAAAAUUACCCUGGGGAUUUGCUUUUAGCUAAUGAAGUUUGCGUAUCCCUGCUUUUCAAUUAAUAGGCUGCAGAGUUGUCUUAUGAAGAUUUACUGGGAGCUAAACAACUUGGAUUUUCUGACAAACAAAUUGCAAAGUGUAUUCGCAAGUAAGGUUUUUCAGUUAUUUUCAGUGGUUUUGAAUAGAAUGAUAUAAACUGUCACCUGUACGAUGUACAUGUAACUUAAUUUCAUUUAAUGCUGAUGUCAACUGGCUGCCUGGCUCUGCUAGCUCCCAUGGUUAUUCCAGGCAGCCAGUACUCUAAUUUUUGCUUUUAAUAUUUUCAUUGUUGUAUUAUUUAUUUUUGAGCAAGAGUGAAUACAAAUAAAGGUUGUUGUUGUUUGUUGUCAUUGUUGUUGUACAUAAACGCUGCUCACCCCAAAAUAACUGACUGGUCAACUGACUGUUAAAUUAUCAUUCUCAUAUUUUUAAUGACCUAAAUACAGUACUCGACCUUUUGUGACUCGAGCUAGUGUUAAUGCAUUUUUUUUUUUAUUUUUAGCACUGAAAUCGCCGUGCGGAAGGUUCGGCAGCAUUUUGGACUCACCCCAUUUAUAAAGCAGAUUGACACUGUUGCUGCAGAAUACCCAGCCUUUACAAACUACUUGUACCUAACUUACAACGCACGCGAAAAUGAUGUUGUUUUUGAUGGGGGAGCCUGCAUGGUGAUUGGUUCAGGAGUUUACAGGAUUGGCAGCAGUGUUGAAUUUGAUUGGUGCGCUGUGGGCUGUAUUAGGGAGCUACGGAAGGUAAAUUUCAAGGGAAAAGGAGGGGAGGGAGGCUGCAAAACUAGGUGGGAGGGAUUGGUAUGUCAUUACGUUAACGAAUAGACGACGUUUUCUAGUCAUAUUGUCCUUAUUUUCAAGUAUCCGCAUUAGAGAUCAUUUGACAUGUUGAUAAUUAUUGUUAGCUCAGUUAAAGAGCUGGUCUGAUGAGUGGGAAGAUGUAAGCUCCAACCUGAUCUGAUCAUCAACCUGGGCCUUAAAAAACGGCAUUUGCUCCUUGUACCGGACACACAUGACGUAAAACGAAAGAACAAAAGCCAUGAAGCAAUACCAAACAGAUUUUUCCUCGCACAGAAAACAAAGCGGUCUUUUGUUUUAUGUCAUGUGUGUCCAGCACAUGAAGUUAAAGCGAAAAAGACGGGUAAGAGCAUGCUAGCUGAGAAAGAAACCUUCUCUCAGUGCAGAUAGUUGUGUCUUUGGGUGGUGACUGUAAGCUGUUGGCCUUAUCUCUUAAUUGUUAUUAUCGAAAUCAUUAUCAUCAUCGUCCUCGUUUUCACACCAUGUGUGCUUUCAAGCCACUCAGAUAUGUUUCUUUCAUUAAAUUUGUAAACUUGAUUCCUAUUGCUAAAGGACCUCUUCUAUUUUCAGUUGAAAAAGCAGACUAUAAUGUUAAAUUACAACCCGGAAACUGUCAGCACUGAUUACGAUGAGUGUGAAAGACUGUACUUUGAUGAAAUCUCAUUCGAGGUGAGAAUUUUCUGUUUAUAUCAGGAUAUCUCUUAGGAGCAGGAUUUCAAAUUCACUUAGACCCUGUUUACAUGGAGUGGGGUACCCCGGUCUAGUGGGGUAGGUUUCGUUUGUUUUGUGUCCCCCAGAGCGUGAAAACAAAAGAAACCAACCCCACUAGACCGGGGUCCCCCACUCCAUGUAAAAAGGCCCUUAGUCCGUAGUGUAUUAACUAAAUACAUUUGUAGCCUUAUUUACUCUCUUGUAAUUUCCUCUCUACUUACAGCUGUUCAGUCGCAUUACGUACUGUUGGAAUUCAAUUUAAUGAGAGUUGUUUCUAUAGAAUCUAUUUCCAGUGAAGCUGGGAACGUUUCAUAUCGCGUUAAUAGAACAGUAGCUACCGUUAUCGGCUCUAGGUCUAAUUUCGCAUUGUGUAGUGUUGUGCAUCACUGUGCAGCAUAAGUGCGUACAUAACAUACGUUUGUUUGACUGUUUGCGACAUAUGUUUUUAACCAAUUAUAAUAAAAAAGAACCUCAGUGGCAACGGAAUUUUUUCUUCUAGUGAGAGGCCUUCUAGACCUUCAAGAGGAGAUUCUCAGGAGUUCACACAUGGAAUUGUUUUGACAAAACUCGUUCCUCCAUGAUUCUAUACCACAUUGAUUUAUCACUCAAGGUAGCGUUUUUGUCGUUAUUCUAGGUUGUGAUGGAUAUUUAUGAGAAGGAGAAUCCUGAAGGUGUCAUUCUCAGUAUGGGAGGUCAAUUACCAAACAACAUUGCAAUGCAGCUUCACCGGCAACAGGUAAAGAGUUAAUUCGUAAGAGCUGAGAGAAUAAUAUGCAGUGGUGUGCAAAAAUGUUACCGUAAAAUUACAGCCACUUUAGCGUGUUCCAGGCCUUCUCCGGCACAAAGUGAUGGCAGUAGGAAAAACCACCUCUCUCCCUCUCUUUCUCUCCCCCCCGCCCCCUUUUUUUUUUGCUCUCCGACUUCGCGCCUCACUCCACUCUCUAAACUCCUGGAACAGGCUACAGCCACUUAAAAUUUUACAUUGAGGAAGAUGAAAUCAUGAUAAAGAGAGAUGUUAGUUUAUUCAAAAUAAUUUUGCAUGUGCAGGUGAGGUGUGCAGUGAUUUUGUUAUAAAUAGUUAUGGUGAGUCCUGGGACUUAUCUUGUGAAAAAUCAUGAGUACCAGUCCAGAACCAAUGAGUCCCAGUUAAAAAAAAAUGAGUCCGAAAUUGGAAAUGCUUUGGUAACCAGACAGUUAAUCUGAAGACAGACUCCAAAACUCUGUAUUACAGUAUUCUGAAAUUUAAAUACAGUCCUUCUAUUUAAAAGCACAACAAAGGCUAAAAGAAAUAUGGAUCGUUAAACUGACAGACAUAAUAACUGCCACAGAAAUUACGCGAACGGGAUAUUUCUACAAAUACACAUGUUCAGAUCGUUAAAUCGAUCAAUCUCUGCGUCAUACUGGACGCAUGCUAUGAAUUAUUUUGCGUCUUCGGGGAUAGUUUUAAGCGUCAGGGAUGCAGGACGUAGGACGCAGAUGUAACAAAAUCACUGGGUGUGCACGGUGUACUGAGGCCAUGAUAAAAGCAUUUUUAACUUCUUUUUUAUUGGAACUUUGCUGUUUCAGGUUCGUAUUCUUGGAACAUCGCCAGAGAUGAUUGACAACGCAGAGAAUAGGUUUAAAUUUUCCAGGAUGUUGGACAACAUCGGAAUUUUGCAGCCCCAGUGGAAAGUUCUCACCACUCUUGAGGUAAGAUAACGAUGCAGCUUUGUAAUUAUUCGUUAUAUAAAAAGAUUUGCGUUUAACAAAAAGUAAUUAUCAGAGCUGCCAAUAAAAGUCGCGUUCUUUUCGCCAGAAGGUCGACUCGCCCGAUUGCGUUUCUCCUGACUUAAGACGGUUCCGCCUGCUCUUAAGACCAUUCGCCCAAGGACAUACAAGACACACAACCGGCGCAGCGCAACUUCCCUCUGUCAAAGAAACCGCUCCUGAAUCACCUUUCUUAUGUGUGGUAAAAGCACUAUCCGAUAUGGUUUUUGUAACGGCGUAAGAGCUAUCCUGUGUUAUUUUGUAGACUUAGCCAAAGUACACUUGAAAUUUAGCACGAAUAAUGUAUACAAGAACCUUCGACAAUUUCACAUCAUCUUGCAGGAAGCCAAGAAGUUUUGUGCAACAGUAGGGUAUCCCUGUGUUGUUCGUCCAUCCUAUGUGCUCAGCGGCGCGGCCAUGAAUGUUGCCCAUUCAGAUCACGACUUGGUUACCUAUCUUGGAAACGCGCUGUCUGUAUCCAGUGAUCACCCUGUGGUCAUCUCGAAAUUCAUCCAGAAUGCCAAGGUAACAAGUUCAGUUCUCUUGCUGCUGUAAUCUUGGAUUUUUUUUAACUCCCCCAAAGCUCACUUUACCCCGGGUACCGGAGGUGUUUGCUCGCGGCGGGAAUCUUCGGUGUGGGCCAGGUGUCUGUGAAGGCCGUCACAUUCCGGAAACCGCGCAUAGCACCCAGGGUAAGCUUGAUUAUAACAAUUGUAAACUUUCCUAUGAAUCCAUGGGAGAUAGGUUUCUCUAUAGUUUAGCCAGACUCUAAACAGAUUGCAGCCUACACUGUUACUUUGUAGAUUAUGGUUCUAAAAUGUAGCUCUUGGCCCAAUAAGUUGUUCGGGUCUGUAACCUGAAAAUACAUAUGCUCAGUUCAGUACUAGAAAUUGGUGUAAAUAAAAGUCCGAUAAUACAACGGAUGAAUUAUUACGAUGCAGUUAACAUUGUAUUGCUUCAAAACCCCGAUGUAGGGUGGGCGGCUACAUUCUGAGACGUUUCACGUGACAUUCGCAUCGUAUGUCCUACAUCUGCAACAUCGGAUCGCUCCAUAACUAUCAUGAUCUUAUCUGUUUUUCGAUAAGUAAGGCUGCGCGAAAAGUUGCACAACCCCAGCAGAACCAUCUGUAUCAUUUCAACAAUUGCGUGCUAUGUGGCAUCGGGCGUCCGAACCUCGCGUCACUGAAUGUAAUAUGCGUUUUAUUUCUGAUUGAUUGAGGAACUGGUAGGAGUUUUUUUAAACUGAUAUCAGAGCGGCAUUACUGAGUAAAGCAUACGACAAAAACUGGUGUACACGUAUGACAUAGGCAUGUUGAAGACUGUGUGGAAAUAUCCUUGUAUUUUGCUGGUGCCUGCAUCUUCCAUGUAAAGCAGCCUUUUAACCCUUUGGUGACGGCCAGCGAGUUGCGAAAAAAAACGCAUUUUUCACCAUUUCCUCUUCUUUUGACUGGUUUUCGGCUAAUUAGUGUAAGAAUGGCGAAAUAAGCAGUGGAUUUUUCCCCAAAAUGUUACUUUUUUGUGAGUAUAACUCUGUUAGGAUUGGUCAAAAUAUCGAAAAUGAGGUGUCGGUGGAAAGAUUUAUCUUUGCUGACGUUGUUGCUUACCAACUUAUUAGAACUCUAAAUGGGUCCAGGAAGGAGAAUAUGCAUCGUUCCAUAUGGAACGAAAACGACCCAAGGCGUAAUUGUUUCUGACUUUCCAUUAAACAUUGCCCUUGUGUAGGAGAUUGAUGUUGAUGCAGUAGCAAGCGAUGGUGAGGUAGUGGUCAUGGCCGUGUCUGAACAUAUAGAGAACGCUGGAGUACAUUCUGGUGAUGCCACGAUGGUUCUUCCUCCACAAGAUCUUAAUGAAGAGACUCUCAAGAUUAUACAAAAGAUCUGCUAUGACAUUGGCCAAGCCUUGAUGGUAACGGGACCUUUUAACAUGCAGUUAAUUGCUAAGGUAUGUACAUGUUGUCGCUCAAUUUUACUCGUGGUUAAAUUUUAUUUUCUGUUGUUUUCCGUUGUAGUUAAUGUUUGACCAUGAGUUCAAAGCAAAGGAAUUUAGAAUUUAAACCAAGGAUUCACCCAACUUCUCGUUAUGACUUCUGAGAAAAUUUAAUUUUUUUGCCGUUAUACUUUCAGGUGCAAUUUCACUUUGCAUUGUAUUAGUGCCAGCAAUAUGUAUCCUGUCGGUCUCAAUACGUUCUAUUUUUGCUAACAUUACGCGGCCACCCUCUAUUAAGCAGCCAGUAAUCAAAGUCUCGACAUAAUUGUACAACUGAAAGGAAAUGUAAAUUUAGUUUAGUUUUUUAAUUAGUUUGACUUUAUUUUAAAACUACGAUAAAAGAAAAUGUACUCCGAGGUAAAAAGUGACGACUGACUGUGGACCAGUAAUGCCGAUCCCGUCGCCUGUUUGUUUCGAAAUAAAGUGAUGUUUCUGCUAAUAGUUAUUUUUAUUUAAGACGAGCCUCUAUUGAGCGGCAAACCUCGAUUAAGCAGCCCCUUGCCGGUACCUCCAGGGUGGCCGCUUAAUGUAGGUUCAACUAUGUUAUGUACUACUGACAAAUAAGAGAUUUAAGUGGUACAGUCAACUAGGAAAGCUUUGAGACUGGUACUUAUAGUGUCUAUAAGUGCUUGCUGCUAUACUUAGUGCUUUUCAGUGCUCUCUUGAGUUCCUGUCUUACUAGCUAAAAAUAAACAAGUCACGUUUCUUAAUGGCGCUAUUUGUUUGCAGGACAAUGACGUGAAAGUAAUUGAAUGUAAUCUUCGAGUAUCGCGUUCAUUCCCCUUUGUGUCCAAGACUCUUGAUCAUGACUUUGUUGCCACAGCAACAAGAUUGAUAUGUGGUGUGUCAGUGGAUCCUGUGCUGGAAUAUUCCGGGUGUGGUAGAGUUGGAGUUAAGGUAAAAGGCCAUUUUAAUACCAUUCUGUGAAUCACGUAAGGCUUUUUGUACUUUUGGCUAUUAAAAGCCACGCCUUUGUCACUGGAUGGUGUGCUUCUCCGUCAUUUUAAUAAGAUUUAAGUGCCGCCGCCCCAUAGUAUCAGCCCUGUUAGUAUAUGGACCCCAUUGCGAUCUUGUGUCCCAGAGACAGAGUGUAAGAAAAAAUCUAGAAUUGUUGGGGAAAUGACGUAACUUGACCGUCGUGAAACCGUCGACUGACAUUUCCUCUUUGCUUAGGUUUUUCUAUGUGAGGGAACAAUGGAGGUCUACCCUACCACUCUGGGUCGACUGUGCAAAUGGAGCGCGAGACUGUAGAGACGUUAAACUUACUUCUCUUACUGUGCACGUCCACCCCUAAAAAAAGUAGUGGUUUUUAAUAAUAAAAAAGAGAGAGAAAGCGACUGCUUUAUUGUUUAUUACUGGAGUCAUGUCAUUAAAAACCACUAUUUUGAGACACGAAUAAGACGUUUUCCAGUUGAUAUUUCAGCGGGAUGUCCGAUACCAAAACCUACAUAAAGAAAAACAAAAUAAAACAAAAACGGUCAUGUCACCCACCAAAAAAUAACACUCCGCAAACUCAGUUAAUUUGUUUCCUUUGAUUUGUCUUGUGUUUCAAGGUGCCUCAGUUUUCCUUUUCACGCUUGGCGGGAGCGGAUGCCAUGCUGGGGGUAGAGAUGGCCAGCACCGGAGAAGUGGCUUGUUUUGGUGAGAACAGAUAUGAGGCGUACCUCAAAGGCUUGCUAAGUACUGGAUUCAAGAUCCCUAAAGAGUGUAUACUUCUCUCAAUUGGCAGCUUUAAGGUAAGAGGUCGUGUUUCCCCUCUCCUGGCUUGUGAAGAGGAUGAUAGGAAUGUCCCCUAACCUGGAGUGUUCAAACGCAAUGUGUUUGUAUGACGGCGUUUUGGAACACUUCUUUAUUCAUAGAUCUGUCUCCUGCGAAUUAUGACUAUCCAAGAAAUCUAGAAAAACCAUGAGCAAACACCUUCAACAACAAUAAAAUACAAGUCGGAAAAGGUAUUUUUAUUUUGACUAGAAAGGUCUGGCAGGCGCGACCCAUCUUGCUAUAUUUAACAAUAGAAGUACAGUGCGAAUCAACAAUUUAUCAUGACGUAAGUUGGUGGAAUAUGAUCGCCCCAGCCGGUAACUGUACAGUAGUCCUGAGUAGGAAUGUUGUUGAAAGUAACUGACUUUUUGACAACCUGUGCGGGAGUCAUUUUCAGAGUCAAUACUUUUAGCCUUCAAAGUAUAUAUUUCUCUGACUUCAUAUACAACUUUUCAACUGUGCAACCCUCCAUUACCUAAAGACACGAGUAAAUGUAAAAGUUAUUUUAAAUGAUGAUAAUCGCUAAUAUUAGAAUAAAUUCGUCUUAUCUAGUCAUUCAGAAACGUUGUUUAUGCAGCUUUCAGCUCAACCCCUUCCCGCUGUUUAUAACCCUAACAGAACCUCUUCGAUGGGAACUUGUUUAGGCAAGUUUUUGCUGAUUUUAUGGUCAACUAACGUCUUGGAUGUCAUCCAUGUUUUUAGUCUAAAACUGAGAUGCUGCCCAGCGUAAGAACUUUGCAAGAGUUGGGUUUUAAGUUAUAUGCCAGUCCAGGGACAGCUGAUUUCUACACAGAACAUGGGAUAAAGGUCAGUCAUCCACAUUACUUACUAUAUGGCUGAAUCAGCGAGCGGGCAAGAUGGAGCGAAUCCUGCAUUCUGAUUGGCUACCCGAGCGUAUCUUGCCCCCCUCGGGAUUUUCCUCAUUGCUCCCGCAAGAAAAAUUUUCUCUUUUAGCCCCGCUGUCUUUUUAAGAGAUAGAGCAGCUUAUGAACAAUGUAUUUCCAUGUUUGCAGAUUAAAACAGUGGACUGGCCUUUCGAGGAGGGUGGAAAUGGAGCAAACGAGCGAAGCAUUCUGGACUAUCUGGCACAAAACAAGUUUGACAUGGUGAUUAACCUGCCGCUGAGAACCUCGGGCUCAAGAAGAGCAUCUUCUUAUCUGACACACGGUUAUCGUACUCGCCGCAUGGCUAUUGACUAUUCCAUUCCACUCAUCACUGAUAUAAAGUGUGCUAAGCUUUUUAUAGAGGUAAUUGCUAUGGUGGAGUUUUUGUGUUGUUUUUGUUUUUUUAACCAAACGUUACAACGACGUGGUCAUUAUAGUGUGACAUUCACUUCUUAGAGUUUUAAGGGCACGCCAGAGAGUGGCUGCUGCCUGGUUAUUUGGUUAGCUCAAGUGGUUGAAUUCCAAACUGAAGAGCUGUAGGCCCUGGGUCGAUUCCCGACGGGACCAACUCUCAGGGUCUCGUUUUACUCUUGUUCAAUUUCAUGCAAUUUGUUUAAUGCUGGGGAAUUCUUCUGGAGUUGAUUCUAAAGGACUGUAUCUAAGUUCACGUCCUCAAUAAAACGUGAAACUGGGAAGUUUCACGUCGUAGUCGUGCAACCACAGCAAAGAAAUGUACAAAAAAAGCGUGAUCCACGUGCAGGCUUGUUGUCUUGCCAAUAUAAACCUAUUGCUUUUUUGCCGUUCUCGUUGCCGUCGCCGUCCUCGUUGCUUAAGCUUCCUGUUGUGGGAUGUGAACGAACACUAGGGACUAGACAAAUGUCUGGCAGCGGCCAACCUUGGGUGUCUAUCGCAAAUUGCCAUUUACAUUAGGGGCAUUCAUAACGCAUUAGUUUUAACAAUUAUUGAUGGAGGCUGAGUAUGAUGUGAAGAAUCGUCCCCGAAGCAUCUCGUCGGUCGCACGUGAGAAAAAACCUCUCGUACUACCCAGGGUAUAUUGAUUAGAGAACGUUAAACAUGGUUAUCUCUUUCUGUCCGGUGGUGAGUUUCAUGUUCUACAUUUCUGGUGAAUGGCCACUUUAAGGAUUGUUAGCUCAUGUCAAACUAUUUUCAGUGUUAUUUUUUGGACUAAAUUAUUUUCUUUUUGCCAUUUUCAGGCCCUGAAGAGAGUCGGAGGAGCGCCUAAACUUAAGACUCAUAUCGACUGUAUGUCGUCAGGCCGCGUGGUGCGUCUUCCAGGUCUGAUUGAUGUUCAUGUGCACAUGCGCGAACCGGGUGCAUCUCACAAGGAAGACUUUUCAUCCGGGACAGCUGCUGCUUUAGCUGGUGGCGUGACCAUGGUAUUAGCUAUGCCUAACACCAAUCCUGCAAUUGUCAAUGAGUCUGCGCUCAACUUAGCUAGAAAGGUAAGGCGAUGGCCUGGAAACCAUCCAUUGGCAACUACCAUUUCAUAUCGAAUAAAAUGAACAACAGCCUAGUGUGCGAGCAGGCUAUCCCGGGGCGCUGCGACGGUGGGGCGAGAAAGAGGUUUCCGUCUCCCUUUUCCCACCCCCUCGCCCCCGGAUGUCCCAGGAGAGCUUGCGCGCAGGCUGAUAAAAGCCCGGUACGCCUGCUUCUCAUUUUGCUUGACUUGAAAAAUGGUGUUGGGUGUACACUGUAUAUUUACUUCAAAAUUCUGUAAGUUUUAUCCGAAAAUGAGCUGUCAAAAGUUGAUACCCAACAGCCACUUUCGUUAAGAAAGUGCCCCCCUUGUAAAAUUGAAACAGAAUCAAAUCUUCAGUUGCCUCGUGAAACGAUUAUAGUAGAUUUCAUGCAGCAACAGGUCGCGUGAUGGUAAAGAAAUAAACGAGUAAACUGUCCAGCCGUUUGAAACAGAAUCCUCCUGAAUCAAUGGUGGUUUUCCUAAGUACGUGUUAGUAAUGUGGGGAAGUUUGUCAUUUUGCCGCUCGCUUUUGUACGGUGCUUACCCGGUCAGAUAACACUGAAUCAUUGUUCUAUUUCAGUUGGCUUCGGCGGGUGCACGAUGUGAUUACGGUCUGUACGUUGGCGCCAGUGCUGAUAACUAUUCAACAAUCAAGGAAUUAGCGCACAUGUCCGCUGGGCUGAAAAUGUACCUCAACGAGACUUUUACAACACUUCGACUGGAUGAAAUGUCAACUUGGAUGAAGGUACGAACUCUUAAGGCACCCACAGAUUGAAGACUUGGCUUGUAUCCCUCCAAAGCUCUGAAAAAUAUGUGCUCUAAAAGUUGUUUGGUGCCGAGCAACAAGCAACCUUUGGAUGUUGCCAAGUUGGUAGAAGCAAGGUGGCUAGGUUUGCGUAGUGAAAACUGCAACAAGGGUUUGAGGGUUCUCUGAAAAAAACUACGAUUUUCUUUGUUCUGAAGGUUAUGCCAGUAUGUGUUUCAAUGAGGGUGGGGGCAAGGGAUCCAAAUUUUAAAUUCAUUCUGUCUAGUCUCAGCGCGUUUUUGUCUUUUCCUUGUUAGAGGAGUUAAAGAUGAUGAUAUUUGAUAUUUUUCUGUCUUAUGAAAUGAUGUUCGCUCAAAAGGUCAAGACUCUACCUUUUCCAGGAAAUUUGGAUUUAGUUUUCUAGGCUUAUUUAACAAAUGAACUUGAGCUAAGGUUGGUUAACAAUUUCCUAUGGAAACUAUUUACCUUUCGUGAACCAAACGAUCCCAGACAUCCCAGUGCCAAAAGGUCGGAGGUGAUGACUUAAUACAUGUUGAACGGUAUCCAAUCUAUUUUCUUGUGCAGCAUCUUGAGCAAUGGCCUAAACACCUGCCUCUAGUGUGCCAUGCGGAGGGUCGUACUACUGCUGCGAUUUUGCUGCUGGCAGAGUUGGCCGAUAGACCUGUUCACAUCGCUCAUGUGGCACGCAGGGAAGAGGUAAGAAGUGUUUUUAAUGUAUUAAAAUGAAAAUAAUAAUAAAGAAAUAAAUUUGUACUUUUCCUUUUGGCUCGAUAAUUUUCAUUUGAAUUGCCGCGCCCAAUGGAUUCGUUUACAAUUACAUACUCAAACGUUCAAUGGUGGCAUAUUACAGACUGGGCACGCUAACCGUUUUGAGUAGCUGUCACCAUUUGCAAGUGGUACAUGCUGUUGCAACUAACUUUUAUAGUUCUUAAAAGAAUACAACAAAUCAAAUUCAAAAAAGUUUCUGUAGCUCAGUAGGUUUCGUGAUCGCACAUCAAGGUGUUAUCCACAGACAUCACGUGACGAGUAGCUUUUCGUUCAAAGCGAUAAAAACUAUUUCCACCUUACCAGAAGAAGCAUUUUUGAAAAAGAUCUUUUUAAAACUGUACUUUUUAGGUGCUUGUUAUUCGUGCGGCUAAAGAGAAAGGAAUCCAGGUCACGUGUGAAGUGUCGCCGCACCAUCUGUUUCUAACUGAAGAUGACGCCGAGAGAAUUGGUAUCAAGAGGUCUGGGGUGAAGCCGCCUUUGGUUACUAUCGAGGAUCAGAAGGCACUCUGGGAUAAUCUUGACGUAAUAGACUGCUUUGCUACUGACCAUGGUAAGCUGAUUGCAUGCAGACAAAACAGUAUGUGCGUCUUGUGGCCCAGUAGGGACUUCACGAUACGACGACGCGAUGGCAGCGAAAACGUCGCUUAAAAAGUGAAUUUGCGUUCUUCCAGUCUUAUCGCGACUAUUCCUACCCAUUUACUUUCUCAGAAGUAGGCGUACCUUCCUUGAGUUGAAUUACUAGGAUCCCUAUCCAAGUUCAGAAAGAGAAAUAAAAUAUCGUCGUCGCUUGUUUACGUCUUCCAUAAAAUGUAAUAUUAGGAAAUUUCUCGUCGUACUCGUGAAAAAACGGUAGAGAAAUGUAAAAAAAGUGUGUCGCACGUGCAAAGUUUUUGUGUUGCCUUCUAAACCUAACUGUUGUUGUUGUUGUUUUUUACGGUCUCGUUGCCAUCGCGUCGUCGGAUCGUGAGGCUGAAGCGGUAACUUUAGGUUGGACCGGACCAACUGGUCAAAGACGACCCCCUCUAGUGGCGCAGGGGUAGUAUCUUUUCGGAAAAUUUCCACGUGGAGCGAAGCGUUCCAUUUCUGUUUCAAUGGAACUUUCCGGAAAUGUCUCUCUAGUUGGAAAAUAACCAUUGCUUGUAGGCUUGCCUUUUUGUCGUAGUUCCUACUUCCACUUUUUUGGUGGUAAGGUUUUCGUUGAUUUUGAGGUUCACACUGUUGUCUUUUUGAUGUGUUUGUUCUGCAGCACCACACACGUUAGAAGAAAAAGAUUCUAAUACUCCGCCCCCCGGAUUUCCUGGACUCGAGACUAUGCUCCCCCUGCUGUUAACUGCGGUGCAUCAAGGACGGUUAACCGUUGAAGUAAGAAACAGCAAAACUUUGUAUCUACUAUGGGGACAUAAAUUUUAGCUUUGUCGAGACUAAGUUGACAGCGAAGUCAAAGUUAUUAACACAUUUAAGUAGUCACAGACAUAGGUCACGAAAAGACGCCGUGCGAACCUGCCGACAACUUUCGGGAACUUGCCGCUAAUAGUAAGCGUGGAAAAAGCGCAACUGGUGUUGAGCGCGGGAAAAAGUUCAGCUGCUGUUAAGGGCGGAAAAACUUGCAGCUGAUGUCAUGUGCGCAUGCGGCAAACCUUGCACUCAUUUCUUUCAAGUGCGCGGAAACUUGCCACUAGUCUUCUAGAAGGUGCAUACAAUAAAGCUAUUGGUUGUUAGAAUUUAAGCAGGCCUUUUCCAUUUUCCCUUUUUCGGCACAGUUUUAGGAUAUAAACAGUGGUUUUUCCUUACAGAUACUCCUCAAAAAGUAGAUAACAUUAGCGAGAAAUAUGUUUUGCGUAUUCGUUCAGUUUUAGUCAGAAAUUUAGCUAUUUCGUCUUCGGAUAGCCUUGAACGUCAUUUUCUUUUUUUUAGUUCACUCGUGAAUAAACAGCUAUUCCUCCGCGCUUGGAAACCACGUUGAUUGAUAGUCUAUUGCCCAAGCAGCCUCGUUUACAAUCAAAUAUACCAUCGAUCAACCUCGUUUCCAAUCAAAUAUACGAUCGAUUGCUCGCAUCUUUCAAAUUUGGUCAGCGCUAGUUGGUUAUAAAGAAUUAGCGGGAGAUUGAAGCCAAUCAGAAACGGCGAAAAAUUUUGAAUUUAUAAUAAUUGUGGCUUUACGGGAAAGCAAUAGUUGUAGAUAACCAUUAAAAUAUACUUGAGUACGACAUAUCUGCUCUGAAAGCAAUUCCACGUGUUUAACUAAUAUUGUAGUAUUCUAUCUGUCCAGUUUAUGAUGUAUUUAUUCUUUUGUACCACAAAACUUUCGUCUUAGGAUAUUAUGCUUCGUUUGUGCACAAAUCCACGAAAGAUAUUCAGUCUUCCAGAGCAGAAAGACACGUACGUGGAAGUGGAAAUCGGCGAAGAAUGGACAAUUCCAUCAGCCAUGACUUAUUCUAAAGCAAAAUGGACACCAUUUGCCGGCAUGAAAGUUAACGGCUGCGUCAGAAGGGUUGUACUUAGAGGUGAAACUGUUGUCAUCGAUGGAAAGGUUUGUCUGAGCUUAACUAAUAUACUAAAUAAAUAAAUACUUUAUUAACGUGUCAAGAUCCCUAGCUUACACGCAGUGUAAACUAAUUGUGGACAACUAACUACCCACUUUAAAACCCAGACUCAAAAACCCCUGCCCGCCUAUCAUGUUCAACGCCUUCCCGCUCCAUAUUGAGUUACCCUUGUGUUUAUUAAAGAUUUGUAAAUGUGUAUAGAUAUUAUAAAAAGAAAUAAAGAAAAUUUAUCCUAAGCGUUGCAGAGUUGACCGUUAUAACUUCUAACAUUCCUCUGAAACGAGGUUCUCAAAGUCCACUUUUCUUACCUGGUUCUUAAAAGGAGCAACUUCUUGAACUCCUUUUGUUUCUUGCAACUCUGAGGAAACAUCAGGUGUAUUUGAUUUCUUGGGUGCAAGCUACCAAGAUUUUCGCCUUCAUGUCGGGGGGUACUCCCACGUAGCACAUUUGCCUUUAUUGGAGUGUGUGCACGAAAAACAUAUCGCUGAAGUCGUAAAAUUUGGGCGGGUGAAUCUGAAAUAUGUAAUGUUCCAGAAAGAGAGAUGCGGUGCCUUGGUAAAAAGUAUGUCGUAUAACAAGUGUGUUCGGUUGGUGGAAGAUUAGUGAGUUUCAAAAUAUGGCGGUUUGUAUAUUGAAAUAUCUUCACACUGAAAUGCAUUCAUCUCCAUUGGCGAGGAUGGUUAAUGUUGUGGUAAUUCUUUUUUCAACACAUUUCUUGAGGGUAAAUAUAAACCGAAAAAAUCUCGCAUUCGCUGAAGCCCAGGGUUAAAAAAAUUCCCAGAGUUUGAACACUUUCUUUUCUUCGCUGGCACGAAAGAAUGUCUUCUUCGUAUCAAGACGAACCGUUUAAAAAUUAUUAGGGAAUUAGUUUCAGAAAAAACUUUUGUGCUGGGCGUCCAUUCGUUCUGGCGAAGGGCUAACGCUUGAAACUUCAGCACCUCAAUCUUUUUACGGUGUUCAACGCCGUAGAUAAAACCAUUUUUUUCGCAUUUUUAAAUUACUCUUAUGUCCUGCAAUUCACUCGUCUUAUUUAACGGACAAAGGAAGCCUUAUAUUUGAUGUAAGUUUGUAUCCAUUUCAGGUCCUUGCAAGUCCCGGCACAGGACAGGAUGUACGGAUGAUAAGCUCUGUACAGCCACCUCCAAUUUACCAGCCCCCUCCCCUGAUACCACCUGCAAGUCCAAGAAAGGCAGAUGCACGCUGGGCCUUCCCUCCCUCUGUGCAUCGGUUUGUUGACACUCAUUAUGGAACAGACGCACUGGCCUUGCCGUUAGGAGGUACAUUUAAACUCAUGAAUAAAAUACAAUUUAAAUUCAAAACGGAGGACGGUAGACGAGUUUUUAGAUUCGCAAAGAGUGGAAAAUGCGCCUUGGGAUGAGUUGUAGUUUGCACACAUGAGAACUAUAGGCUUAGUGAACAAAACGACAAUUCUGCGUGUUCUUCACACUUUUUUAUACAUUUCUUUGCGGUCCUGCCCAAUAACAAUGUGAAAUUGCCAAAUUUUAAGUUUCCUUGAGAUCGUAAAUGAAAGGUAAUGAAUUCCCUCUCUUCCUCUUUAACUUUUAAAUUGAAGCUGAACUAGUUGGAAUAACUGACCGCCGCCCGGUUAGCUCAGUUGGGUAAGCGCUGGUCUGCCGAGCGGGAGGCUGCCGGUUCAAGUCCCGCCGGACCAACACUCAGGGUCUUUAAAUAACUAAGGAGAAAGUGCUGCCUUUGUAAAGACAUCUGCAAACGGUUAGACUUUCUAGUCUUCUCGGAUAAGGACGAUAAACCGUAGGCUCCGUCUCACAAUCCUUGCAUAUAUAAAUUCUGUGGGACGUUAAAGAACCCACACACUGUUCGUAAAGAGUAGGGGACGUAGUCCCCGGUGUGGUGGUCUAUCUCUUAUGGGGGGAGGGACUGUUACGGGCCCGCAGUAAUUGGCGUCAUACUGUUGCGGUGACCCUGCCAAUAAUUGGCGAAUCUAAUAAAAUAAAAUAAUGAUCGGUACAACAGUUUAAAAGGACGUAAAGGUCAGUUUUUCAGUGAUACAGUCAACUCCUUUUAUAGUGGACACCGUAGGGACGUCGAGUUAGUGUCCUCAUCAGCGAAAGUCCGUAAUAGCGGGCUUUUAUUUCAGUCAAACGUCUGUAAAUUAUUUUUUUUGGUGGGAUUUAGCUGUUGUCCGUAUUAUCGGGGCAGUCAUCAGCGAGAGUCCGUAAUAGCGGGAGUUUAUUUCAGUCAAACGUCUGUAAUUUGUUUUAGCCGCGGAUGUAGCUACCGUCCUUAUUAUCGGGGUGCCCGUUAUCGCGAGGUGUCCGCAAGGCGAGAGUUGACUGUAUUUGCAUUGGCGGCGCCUGUUGUUGGAUCGAGUCUCUAUCCAACUGAUGUGCGAGACCUGUGCGCGCCUAUAAGUAGACAGCGACUGUUAUUUCAUGUAGUAAUUUAUUUGUUAUUUGUUUAGAUGGGACCCCGGAUUCUACACCACAUUCUCUGCUCACCCCAACCCACCUUCCCCAAGUGACAUCUCCAGGAGCUGUUCCUCAUGUACCCAUGACCCUUCCUCGUGUACCAGCGCAUGUGUUCUCGGGUCAACACGUUCUGAGCGCCAGCAAAUUUAACAGAGAGCAGGUAAACUGGGGUCGAAAUUUUGUCCUGAUUUUGCUCGUUAUAAAGCUUUCAAGUGAGGAGUAUUUUAGCUGGAAAUUUAGGUGACGUUAUCAUUUUUGCCUGUCAGACGCGAACGUGUCAGUUGAAGGUAACCAUUUGAAGAGAGCUCUUUCUACUCUAAUGCCACAUGGUCCAUAUCCUAUCAAUAACCUUUUUGAUGAGUUUUUCACGACACUUUAAAGUUCGUUAUUUUCCCUGAAAUUAAAGAGUUGCUUUAACAUUGGCUUCUGUGAAAAAUUCAAUAGAGAAAAAACUUCACGUAAUAGCUCGUAGGUAUAAAUUGAGCUGUAGCUUGCUGUUACCUGUACUAAUAGAGCGUGUUCUGUAUUCAGCUUCAUUACUUGUUUAACAUGGCUCACUACAUGCGACUCGUAGUGCAAAGGGAAGGAGGACUGGAUUUACUCAAGGUAAUCAUACCGCAAACGGACAUUCAGUUUGUACUAUGAUGAUUCAUGUCAGUUCUGGAGCGGAACUGUAUUUCUUCCUAGUGCAGUGUUAUGGCCAGGUUUUCGCUGACAAAUGUUCCAAUUCGACUUCUCCUCUUUCAGGGUAGGGUAAUGGCUUCAAUGUUCUAUGAAGUCAGUACUCGAACGUCAUCUUCAUUUGGGGCAGCGAUGCAGAGGCUGGGAGGUUCAGUGAUAUUUAUGAAAGAAACCGAUUCCUCGGCCAAGAAAGGAGAGAGCUUAGCAGGUAUUACGGUUUUUCAUGUCUUAACUGAAACUAUAUCACCCGCCCCACUGCGCUUCCGAGUGUUAAACCGAAAGGAAAACAGUCUGUACAAUGUCAGCCUAUACAUUUUUUGAGUGACGUCAGGAUAAUAGGCUCCUGGUGAUGUUCUUUGUUGUUUUUUCACAGAUUCUGUGCAAGUAAUGUCCUCUUACUGUGAUGUGGUGGUUAUUCGUCACCCGAAGCCCGGAGCAGUUCAGGUAAGUUUUGCAAACCUUUGUGCCUACAUUUCCCUGUAAAGCGGGGUUUUUUGAUGGUCUUGGUCUAAAAAUGACCAUAGAAUUUUGAACAGUUUUGUUGAGAAAGUGGGAAGGGAAGAUACCAAUCUUGCUCUUAAAAUUGAUACAAGACUCGCGAGGAAGCCGCUCUAGAGAUUGGCGAUACCGCGAAUCGUUCAAGGGUCUUGCAUUUUUCUUGCGGUUUUAAUCUUUCUUGGCAAUUGCAGGAGGCUGCCGAGCUCUGCCGCAAACCAGUUAUCAACGCGGGGGACGGAGUUGGAGAACAUCCAACCCAGGCUCUUUUAGAUGUGUUUACUAUCCGCGAGGAGAUUGGUACUGUUAAUCGUCUGACGGUGAGAACUCGCUUCUAUUUAGCCUCCUUUUCAAGUUCAUGUUCAGAUUUGAGAGCUUUGCAGAGUUGCAUCUAAUUUGCAUGUUGUGGUUCCUGUGCCGUCAGUGUAUUGUCAAACUCAAAUGCAAAUUUAGACAAAACCGUUUCUACUUAAAGACGGAAAACAGAACGCUGAUAAAGGGUUGCUCAAAGUCGUCGUAUUGGGUUAGCUACCAGAGACCUUUAGAUUCUAAGGCGAGAACGACUACAAGUACGAGAUUUUGUGCUCGCGGCGCGCGUGAACCAGCGUCAUUUUGGCAGGACAACAUGAUAGCCAUCGCCAUUUCAUACGGAUUUUAGGGAGAAUGUCGUAGUGGCGGAAACAAGUUAUCAAACGUUAGAAGUUUUAUCAUUUUGCGAAGGCUUGACCUCGUUCAAUUAAGAUAACAGUGCUAACUUUUCUUUUGAAUCAAAAGUACAAUGAAACUUUCCGGGGCGUGUAUUUUUUGAAAGUAAGCGAAAAAACGUUCAGUCAAAUCUCGUACUUGUAGUCGCUCUCGACCUCCAAUUUAAAGGUCUCUACUUCCUCCUUUGGCGUGGAUUCUUCAAAUGAUCACAUUAUGUUAUUAAAGUAGUUCACUUCAUUUAUCCUUCACUUGCUUAAACUGAAAACACCUUGGAAGACGGGGAAGAUAAAAAGGUUGAACGAUAGUCUAGUUGCUCUUGAUGUUGUUGUCACAAAUAUGAGUUUUGUUUUUAUUUCUUGAUUGAAAUAAAGGUUACAAUGGUCGGAGACUUGAAAAACGGCCGCACUGUUCAUUCACUGGCUAAACUGCUCUGCCUUUAUGACGUCACCCUCCGUUAUGUGUCACCCGCAGCACUUCGCAUGCCCGACUCCGUGAAAGAGUAUGUGAAGAGCAAAGGAAUUCACCAGGUUGGUAAUAUUGUAAAGGAGUUAAAAGAAAGUUCUAAAGCACUGAACAUAAUUUUUUUGUGGGCUAACUUUAUCUCCUGUUCGAAAUUUACGUUGAUUUAUUUCAAACUAAUUAUCACGCAUUACCAUCGCACAAGCAAAGGAAAAUAUCAUUUGAAGCAAGGAUAAAAUUAAACCACAGCAGUUACUUUAUAGAACAUGAACCCACAUGUUUUAUCAUAGAGUUAUUAACAUUGAUCAUCUGCUAAAUACUCGCGUAUACCUGAUAAAAACUCUUAACUAAUCAAGUCAGUAUAUAGAACAGUUCAAUGCGGCACAGAUGACUUCUUACUUUCAAUUGCUUAUUAACUUAUCUCAAAGGUGUUUUCCCGAAAAGGUCCCCAGACAAGUCAAUGCACUAAGGAACUAACCUUGAAUUUGCCGCAAACUCCUGUCAUUUUGUUGUAAAUUAGCCAAGCAAAGUAUUUACUCAGUACCAAUCAUCUUUGGCCCGUUUUCCUUUUGUUUUCUUUGACAGGAAGAGUUCACAAACCUUUUGGAUGCCCUAAAUGACACUGAUGUUCUUUAUGUGACGAGAAUCCAACGCGAAAGAUUUAAAAGCCAAGAAGAGUACGAGAAGGUUCGUGUUUGUAGUGACUGCACCGAGUUCAUCUCCGCACAGAGUAUUCUUUGAGCGUAUUUUAACUGUUUAUUUAGUUACUGUUCAUAAGUUUAUUUUUAAAGGGGUUGUGUCACAUGGUAACCGAUCAUUUCGCCCCGGUUACUUAGCCUCCUAUUUUCGAGUCAUUUAGCGCGCUUCAAAUGUAAUAUUCCUCCUUCUAUAAGCCACAAAGCGAAAUAAGCGCGCUUCAUUAAGCAAUAGACCUCACUUUCUAUGGGUUUACCGGCGUGAUAAUCCACUUAGGAUGUUGGGGGUACAUGAGAAAAGCUUGUAAAUCACGUGCCGAAGGCGCGUGAUUUACAAGCUUUUCGAGUGUUCUCCCAACAUCCUAAGUGGGUUAUCUUGCUGUUAAACCCAUAGAAAGUGUGGUCUAUUGCUUUUAUAAAAUAACUUUAAGUAAAACUAUGAGUUUACCGGCACAAUAAACCAUAGAUUUUUAACCAAUCAGAACGCGCGUACUAUCUCAGUUAUUUUAUAAAAUAUAAUAUUCCUCGUUCUUUAAGCCAUAAACCAAAUCAAGCACGCUUGAAUUGUAAUAUUCCUCGUUCUAGAAUAGGGGGCUAAGUAACCAAGGCGAAAUGACUUGGGGGCAAAAUGACCGGUAACCUGCACGACAGUCUUGAUCAUGUUGUAAAUAUUGCCAAUUACACUUCCUUAUUCGCAAUGGAACUUAUCGUGAGCAAACAAAUUGCUUGUAAAUGACAAUAUUACUACUUUAUGUCAAACAAAAAGAGUGAACUUUGAAAAACUCUUAUGCUAACAAGUAAUUGCAAUCCGUUUUAAUCUUAUUAAAAUUUGUCCACUGGCUCCCAAAAUUUUAAUUUUCCCCGGGGAGACCUCCAGUUUCCUCCAAGGGAGGAGGAAGGCGGCAAUCCCCUUUUCCAUACCAAACCUUACACACGAGUAGCUGUCAAUCUAAUCUAUUUUCACCAACUUAUAUUUUAUUUUAUAUUAGCUUGUAUUAUGCUAGGGACCCUUAAUAUAGCAAAGUGCCUGGGAACUUGAAAAUUUUGUUCGUUAUGACGGGAGUAUGUUAUAUCCGGGUCCUUUUCUUGUAAAUCAUUGGUGUUUUUUCGUAUUUUGGUCACUGAUUCGCUCAAUCUGUUGAUUCGUGUCAGGUGUUUGGAAGCUACGUCAUCACUCCACAGCUUCUAACAGAAGCAAAGGAAAAGAUGGUGGUAAUGCAUCCAUUACCGCGUGUGAAUGAAAUCAGGUAAGAGUGCUUAAACAUUAACCGUAACUUUCUUUGAUUGAAAAGACUUAUAUGAUUGGCCAUCCGGGCCGAAAAAUAUUAUGAAAAAAAGAUUAGCCAUAUUAAUUUAAAUAUUCCUUUUCUGGAACGGCGCGGUGGAACUGAGAGUUUGUGUUGGCAAACCAUGGCAUUAUUUCGCUUGAAAACAGCUUCGUCAAUAAUCAAACGAACCUUAAGCUUAGUUGUGAUUUGAAGAGGUGUUAACUAGGCUUCGAGCUAAAGAACAUAUCUUAGGCCCUGUCCACACUAAUGCGCACUCAAAGUAUGCGUUUUCGUUGUCAUCGAAAACUCAUCGAUUGAUUCGCGUCCACACUACCUUUUCGAUUCGUUUUCGACUGUCCAUUCUAAAACUGCAUGCUGUGACGUACGUUUAACUCUAUGCGCACGCCUCAAGCACACGCGCCUGCGAUAAUUUCAGUCAUCGUUUUCAUUUUGAUGCGUUUUCGACCGUUCUCAUUGCUGCCGGGCAUCAGCCGGGUACAUCUACCUGACCUGUGAAUAAACAAGUUUUGGCCUUUACGUCACUUGUUCGCAACUCAUCUCAUCGAUCCUGUGUACGAUGAUUGUUCGAUGAAGAAACAGCCUAUCAGCACUGCUGUUGUUUUAGAAUUUCGUGAAUUAUGAAAAUGAAUUAAAAAAUGGUAUUGAAACCUUAGCGAGUUAUAUGAAUGUAAGCAUAUUUGUGAUCGUGAUCGGUUCAUUUUUUAUAUUACGCUCUGAGUGUUUCAUAAUGCCAGCAAGUCUAAGUUAUUGACUUUAAUUAAAAAACAAUUCAUAUGUUCAACUGUUCUAUAAACUGUCUUUGCCCUAUUCGCAGUUCGCAACUAACGGCAGCACUUCCCUUCUCGAUGAGAACUUCUAGUUAAUACAAUAUGUUUGCGUUUUCGUUUUGAUCCACUUUCGAGAGCGUUUUCAAAUCGACUCAUUUUCGAUGAAAACGGAAGGCCUAAACGUAUCGAAAUGUAUGCGUUUUCAAAACGAAAACGCAUUGGUGUGGACCGGGCCUUAGUCAACGUGAGCACUUUAACAUUUGUAUGUGAAUAUUUGUCAUGGCACAUUGCUGAAAAGUUCAUGCUUUGUACGUACAGCUCGUGACGCCAAGAUCAGCGUGAAUACGAGUCUAAACUCUCAUAUUAAGUAUAGCAUUUUUCGGAAAGCCCCAUUUCGUCUUUCCGUUUUAGAAUUGAGGCAGAUGUUUAAUAGUUUUGUAUAUCAUUGCUUUCUCUCAGCGUGGAGGUAGAUUCCGAUCCUCGAGCGGCGUAUUUCCGUCAAGCAGAGUAUGGAAUGUACAUCAGGAUGGCUCUCCUCGCACUAGUGCUGAUGAAAGGCUGAAGCGGAAAGCUGUCUCCAUGAAAUGGAACCGGCCUACAGUCCAUUUGCACGAUAACGUUUAUUUGACUACAACUACCAGAAUCGAUCCUUCAGCGUGUAGUCUUACUGUGCUAAAUAUAAAAUGAAGAUUUAAUGUCAUUGAUACUCGCAUUGAGAUCACUAAAAUUAUAUUUAAAACAACUCAGACCGAAAUGAAAUCUGUUUUUUCUUAUCCCUCGAAGGCGGUCUUUAUAUUCCCAGUGCCUAGAUAUUAUAUAUAGCUCAAACUCGUAACUAAGAUGGUAAAUUUCUGUAUACCUCGGCGAGACUGGGGAAGCCAAUGUGCAGUUUGCUCGCUCGAUUUACUUCCAGUGCUGACAGUCUAAAAGAUGUAGGCCGAUGUGUUUCGAGGCAGAUUUGGUUAAACAUCUUUCUUUUCAAAAUCCAACUAUCCAUUCUCUCUACAGAAUCCCUUGGUUUGAUUAUUUAAAUGAGCUUAAAUCGAACCUCUUUGCCAUACGUUUUACAUAGUACUAUGGGCUUUCAUUAGUUUACGGAACGAAAUUUUCAUUUUUUCCUGAGUUUUAUGGUCCAGAAGGACUGUCAAAUCACCUCAGUUAACUGCCCUCUCUGUAUACAGUCAUACGUCUUUUUUUUUUCCUUUGGUAAGACAAAUGUGCGACUUGACACUCCAACAUCUCUUGGUUUCACUCCGCUCUUUUCAAGUUCUACGCAGACGAUUCGCUCGUCAACACGUUAAGUAAGCGAGACGCACACGAUGGUAUAUAUUGUUAUUGAAGAAAAAGAAAGCAAGAGAAGUUUUUCUGUGGUAGCAAAUGUGGAUUUGUUACAGUUACGUUGAAGUUUCGUGGAUAAAAACACCAAAACGUUGAGCACUGUGCACUUGUGCUACUUCUCUGUUUAAAAAGUAGAUAACACGUGUAACGUAAAUUGGUUGUGUGAUUAUUUGACAGUC